GGUUGUUUUGUGGUGAAGAAUUCCAAUAAAUAAACAUAUGUAUGCUUAGCCACGGCUUGAUGCUUUUUGAAGAUCAAUCAAUUUAACUUGCCCUUUCUUUCCCCCAUGGUUUCAAAAAUGGUGGGUGAGCCUCCAAUCUCAUUUCCUUUCUAGCGCCUGUCAUUCCAUCAUUCCUUGGCUGCUGCGUUUUCCCUUGUCUAACCAAAUCAGGAAAUGUAAGAUGCAGCCAAAAACAAUUUCUCGCAUAUUUAUUGUAAAUUGAUUUUGAUAUCCCAGAAGCUCAGCUCCAGUCCCUUUGAUGGCAGAAGCUCUCAAGCUCUUCUGGGUCUUCGUCUUUUUCCUCUCAAACCCGGUUCUCUCCCAGCUGGAUGAGUUCUUCUAUGACAGCUUCCAUGGUGCAGGGAAUAACUUGAGUCUAAACGGUGUUGCAAAGAUUGAGAAGAAUGGCAUGCUUCGCUUGACGAACGAUGUCGCUAGAUGGUUUGGUCGUGGCUUUUAUCCGUCUCCGAUCCGGUUCAAGAACUCCAGUGGUGGGAAAGCUUUCUCCUUCUCAACAGCCUUUGCUUUCGCAAUUGUGCCCCAGUAUCCGACACUGGGAGGCCAUGGGCUUGCUUUUGCGAUUACAUCCACGAAAGAGCUCCCAGGGGCUCUUCCCAGACAGUAUCUAGGUCUGCUCAAUGCCACCGACAAUGGGAAUUCAACCAACCAUGUGUUUGCUGUGGAGUUCGACACUGUUCAGGACUUUGAAUUCAAUGAUAUCAGUGAUAAUCAUGUCGGCAUCGAUCUCAAUAGUAUGACAUCCUACGCUUCUGCUAACGCUUCAUAUUUCAGCGAUAAUUCGACAAAGGAGUAUCUUAAUCUCAAGGGCGGGAAGACAAUUCAGGCAUGGAUAGAUUAUGAUGGACAAAGGGAUCAGUUGAAUGUAUUCCUUUCGCCUCAUUCAACGAAACCCACCUCCCCAAUCUUGUCUUGCGGUGUGAAUCUUUCAUCAAUCCUCAAGGAAUUUAUGUAUGUGGGCUUCUCUGCUUCCACUGGUCUUCUUGCCAGCUCUCACUAUGUCUUGGGAUGGAGGUUCAAGAUGAACGGUGUGGCAGAAUCACUGGAUCUCUCAUCCCUCCCUAAGCUCCCUGGCCCUAAAAGGAACAAUACACCUUUAAUUAUAGGUGUUUCUGUUGCUGCUACUUCUAUGAUAGUUUUCGCAGUUGCCUUGGCUUUCUAUCUGAUCAGAAAGAUAAAAAAUGCGGAUGUGAUUGAGGCGUGGGAGCUCGAUAUUGGCCCACACAGAUUCUCCUACCAAGAGCUGAAGAAGGCGACCAGGGGUUUUAGGGACAAAGAGCUAAUUGGGUUUGGUGGAUUUGGCAAGGUUUAUAAGGGAACUCUACGGAAUUCCAACACUCAAGUUGCAGUUAAACGAAUUUCGCACGAAUCAAAACAGGGUAUGAGGGAAUUUGUUUCUGAAAUUGCUAGUAUUGGCCGUCUUCGCCACAGGAACUUGGUUCAGCUCCUAGGAUGGUGUCGUAGAAGAGGUGAUUUGCUACUUGUCUAUGAUUAUAUGCCUAAUGGAAGCUUGGAUAAGUACCUUUUCGACACAUCCAAAUCAACUCUCAGUUGGGAACAGAGGUUCAAGAUCAUCAAAGGUGUAGCUUCAGGCCUUCUUUACUUGCAUGAAGAAUGGGAGCAAACUGUAAUUCACAGAGACAUCAAGGCAGGAAAUAUUUUGUUGGAUUCUGAGUUAAAUGGUAGACUCGGCGAUUUUGGCCUUGCUAAGUUAUAUGAGCACGGCUCAAACCCGAGCACCACAAGGGUUGUGGGCACACUGGGGUAUCUGGCACCAGAGCUUACACGCACAGGGAAGCCAACAAGAAGUUCGGACGUGUUUGCAUUUGGUGCAUUGUUACUAGAGGUGGUUUGUGGUAGAAGACCUGUGGAGGCCAAAGCUCUGCCUGAAGAGCUGAUAUUGGUGGAUUGGGUGUGGGAGAGGUGGAGGGAGGGUGCAAUUCUUGAUGUGGUGGAUCCAAGAUUGAAGGGUGAGUAUGAUGAAGUAGAGGUAGUGGUGGUGCUGAAACUGGGUUUGAUGUGUUCCAACAAUUCCCCUGCUGUGCGCCCCUCUAUGAGGCAGGUUCUAAGGUACUUGGAAGGGGAGGUGGCCUUGCCGGAGGAGUUGAGUGCACCAGAUGCAUAUGAUAAAAAGGGUGGUGGUGCAGGUGAUGGUUUUGAGUUUGAGGAUUAUGUGCAUUCUUAUCCCGCAUCAUCGUGUUUUGAGAAGGUGAGCACGUGGUCAUCGGCUGUGGAUGAUGUUGAUGUUGAAUCUAGUUCAGUUUCCCCUCUUGUCACGUAGAGGUCACUGCUCAGUUUUUUUUUUUUUUUUUCUUUGCCUGUGAGGUUUAAAUCUUUUGCUUCUGUAAUUAGGGUUUCAGAUUUCAUUUCGGGAAAUGAUAGUUUUCAUUUCAAUUUAAAUUUUAUUAGACAUCCAA